GCGGCGGUGACAGCGACAGCCACACGUGCCCGCCCCGGGACCGGCUGCGCGAGUCCGGCUGCGGGAGCUCCGCGGGCACUGCCCGGCCGCCAGAAUAAGGAUGGAUGGUUGCUCAACUGUUAACCACAAAAGACGCUGUCUGCAAGGAUAUUCCUGUGCACAGAAGAGGUGUCUGUUUGACCACUCCUGUACGAUGCAGAUACAAAAAAUUACUGAAAGUUUCAAGAUGAGACACCGUGAAUCAUCUUUAGCGGCUGUUCACUUCCAUGAUUGACUUGCCUUCUUCCUACGUUCCUUUUAGUCACCCUGGGAAUUGCUGAAGCUGUUUUGUGCAGGAGGCAUUGCUGAAAUUUCCUUUGGAGCAAUGGACUUGGAUAAACCAUCCGUCUGGGGAUCCCUGAAACAGAAAACUAGACCUUUCCUGCGAAACCUAAGUGUGAAGAAGACAAAGAAGAGGUCUAGCAAAAUAGUGGAGAGGAAGAUCCACUCCUUGGAUCGGCGCCUCAGUGUGUCGGUACCGGACAUGCUGGAGGUGGAGACUGUUAUGGAAGAAGAAACAACUUAUUCAAGUACUCGGGUGUUGUCAAGCUACUCACCCAAGAACUUCUCCAGGUCUGUUGUGUCCCUGAAAAGCAGAAGCACUUCAGCGAGGCCGGCAGGAGAGGACUGGCGAUGGACACCGCAGCAGCCAACACACACAGAGGUGACAGUCAACCACUCAGACACACAAGUCACAGGCAUCCCAGUGUCCGAGAGGAAGAGGAAAUCCAGCAAUGACCUCUUUGAGCUGCUACAAAGAGCUCGUCUGAGUGCUACUCCAUCAGAUGAUGGGGCAGAGUACCCAUGUGGAGAAAUAGAUCUGGACUCUUCCAUAUCAUCUCAAAUUUUUGAUGAUCAGAUAGCUCUAGACGAAGCAAACGAUUGUUUGAGUGACCUGCCCAGCCCCUUUGCUUACCUACUGACCAUCCACCUGAAGGAAGGCCGGAACCUGGUUAUCAGAGAUCGCUGUGGUACAAGUGACCCAUAUGUGAAGUUUAAAGUGAAUGGGAAAACUCUAUACAAAAGUAAGGUAGUCUACAAGAACCUGAACCCAGUUUGGGAUGAAACUGUUGUGCUGCCUGUACAGACCCUUGAUCAGAAGCUCUGGAUCGAGGUGUAUGAUAGAGAUUUAACCUCUUCAGACUUCAUGGGUUCAGCAUUUGUAUCGCUCACUGAACUUGAACUUAAUAGAACUACUGAGCAGGUUUUAAAACUGGAAGAUCCCAACAGUUUGGAAGAUGACAUGGGAGUGAUUGUGUUAAAUUUAAGUCUAGCAGUCAAGCAAGGAGACUUCAAGAGAAAUAGAUGGUCAAGUCGGAAGAAGCGAACUUCAUCCAAGUCAAGUUUCAUGCGGAGUGUGCGACUCUCUGACUCUCUGCGAAAGAACCAGUUGUGGAAUGGGCUGGUCACCAUCACCCUCUUGGAGGGUAAGAACAUCCCUGGAGGAGGCUUGGCAGAGAUUUUUAUUCUCCUCAAACUGGGAGAUCAAAGAUACAAGACACUGUGUAAGAGUGCAAAUCCUCAGUGGAGGGAACAGUUUGAUUUUCACUACUUCUCUGACAGGAAGGAUAUGUUGGACAUUGAGGUCUGGAGAAAGGAUAACAAAAAACAUGAGGAGCUUUUGGGAACGUGCCAAGUUGACAUUACUGCCCUGCCAAUGAAGCAGACCAAUUGCUUAGAGCUGCCUCUGGAAAAACGGCCAGGGUCCCUGCUAAUGUUGAUUGCUGUUGCCCCAUGUACAGGAGUGUCUAUCUCUGAUCUCUGCGUCUGCCCUUUGGGAGACCCCAGUGAAAGGCAGCAGAUUUCACAACGCUAUUGUAUAAAGAAUUCCUUUCGGGACAUGAAGGAUGUUGGCUUCUUGCAAGUCAAAGUUUUAAAGGCCGUGGAUCUGUUGGCUGCAGAUUUUUCAGGUAAAAGUGAUCCUUUCUGUGUGUUAGAGCUGGGAAAUGACAGUCUUCAAACGCACACUGUUUACAAGAACCUCAAUCCAGAGUGGAACAAAGUUUUCACGUUCCCUAUUAAAGAUAUUCAUGAUGUUCUGGAAGUGACCGUGUUUGAUGAAGAUGGAGAUAAACCCCCUGAUUUUCUCGGAAAAGUCGCCAUCCCUUUGCUAUCUAUUAGAAACGGUAAACAAAGUUGUUACACACUGAAGAAUAAAGACUUGGAACGUGCUUCAAAAGGAGUAAUUUACUUGGAGCUGGAUGUCCUGUUUAAUCCUAUAAAAGCAAGUAUUAGAACAUUCAAGCCCCGAGAAAAGCGCUUUACUGAGGAGAACCGCAAAUUUUCUAAAAAGAUCUUAUCAAGAAAUGUUGAUCGCGUGAAAAAAAUCACCAUGGCAAUAUGGAACACAAUACAAUUCCUUCGGAGCUGCUUUCUCUGGGAGUCCACGGUAAAGAGUGUGAUAGCAUUUGUGGUAUUUGUGGUCACUGUAUGGUGCGUGGAACUGUACAUGGUGCCCCUGGCUCUGCUGGUGCUCUUUGUCUACAACUUCUCCCUUGUCACAACAGGGAAGGUCAACAACACCCAAGAUGCCCAGGACCUUAUGGGCUUGGAUGAAGAUGAGGAUGAGGAUGAUAAGGAAUCUGAGAAAAAGGGGCUAAUUGACAGAAUCCACAUGGUCCAAGAGAUCAUCAUAGCUGUUCAAAGCAUCUUAGAAGAAAUAGCAUCAUUUGGAGAGAGGAUUAAAAACACAUUCAACUGGACGGUGCCUUUCCUCUCUGUCCUGGCCUGCUUGGUCCUGGCAGGAGCAACAGUCAUUUUGUAUUUUAUACCACUGAGGUACAUUGUUUUAGUCUGGGGCAUUAAUAAAUUUACCAAGAAGCUUAGAAAUCCCUAUGCCAUUGACAAUAAUGAACUACUAGAUUUCCUCUCCAGGGUACCAUCUGAUGUUGAAAAGGUGCAGCAUGCUGAAUUGAAACCAUACAGCAGCUCCAGUCCCAUUAGGAAGAAGCGAUGCGCGCUAUAGGAUGCAGCGUGAUUUUGGAAUGCAGCAUCUCCCUCUGCAUACGCCAUACGUGCACAAAUGCUUCCCCCUCCCCCCUUCUUUUUGCUUCAGAACAGCGCUAUAAUCACUCCCACAGACUUUUUUUUUUUUUAUUUGAAGAUGUGGUUUUUUGAAAAACCUAUCUUGGGUUGGUUUGGGGAUUGUAUUUUCUGGGUUAUCUUUUCAGCAUGGAAUCCUACCCCAAGAAAAUGCAAAGUGGAAUGUAUGAACUAGUUUGUGGGGUGGGGAGGACAAUGGGUGAGGGUGGUGGAACAGCACAACUACAUCUUUCUUUUUUUUCUUUUUUUUUUCCCCCCCCUUCAAUUUCAGAGGCAAGACUGGAUGUGGCAGUACUCCCUGUUUUAUGCAGGAAGAGGUAAUUCCGCUUAGUGUAGCAGAUCAGCUGAGCUGAUGUAAGAUGCUCUGAACCAGUUUUUAACAUAUCCAAUAGAUUUACAUUAAGAUAUGAAAGCUAUUCUUUUCUGAGUUAAAUCACUGUGCCUAGAAAGGUUUAAGCUCUGAAUUAACGACUCUUUGAUACCCAUCUUCUGUUCAAGCAGUGUACAUUUUAAGAAGUUUUUUAUCAUAAUUAGCAGAAAGAGCUGGGAGCUCCAACUGUAUCUCAAUAUUUCAUCCAGCACUUGUGGGCUUUUCUUUUUCCUUUUUUUUUUUUUCCCUUCUCUUUUUUAAAGCCCACCCUGUGGUUAACUCUUCGGAUACUGGAAUCAUUAGAGAUCCAUUGCUGGCAAUGGAUGCAUUAGAACCUUUUGCUAUGAAAGGCUUAAGAGACCAUAGAAAAGCCUAACUCACUGACCUGAAAAGACUCUGUUGACUUGCCUUUUAUAAUUCCAUCUCAUCAGAUAUUUUCAGCAUAGCUGUUGUUUUCCCAUCUAAAUCCAGAGGGGUCAACACUACAGAUUCAAGAGGAAAACACUUUAUGGCCUUAAAGAAACAAGUGCUUGUGCAGAAAGAGAGCGCGGUGCCUAAAGACAUGGUUGUGCAAUAGUGUGUAGGCUUUGGUCCACCACUGCUCUCUCACUGGACUCUUUCCUGGUGGUUCACAAGGAGAGGAUCAGAAAGUGAAGUCAUGGCAACUGAAAUGAAGAGACGGGAGAAAGGACCCCGCUCUCUAUUCAGAGAAUGUGAUUUCUUGUUUACUUACCAAUCCUUUACCUAUUGUGCUUUUGCACAGAUAACCAGCAUUAUUCAUGUUAUUUGAUUGGGUAAAUUGAAACACAGAAUCACGUGUAAGCCUGCUGAAUUUUGGGAAGCAUGUAGCCCUUGUUCCUUUAGAUGCUGAAGGAUGUUGUGAGAGCAACUUGCCGCCGCAAUGAGGCAUUGGUGGGAUGACAGCUGUGCUUCUUGUGAUUCCCAGGCUGGUAUUACCACGAGCAUUUGGUGAUUUACAGUGCAAAGGAAUAGAUAAUCCCCAGAGACAGGUUUCUUUUUAACAAAAGAGAACUUUGGAAGUCAUCUAAUUAAAGGUAACACAGGUAAAACCUUGCUUAUGGGUCGGUGAUCCAAAGGGAACUGCACUGGGUUGUUCAGUAAUGCAAUCUUGUGGGUGUGUUGUGUGAAUUUGAAGAAGAAAAAUUAACACCAGAGUAUCUUCCACUGGACUGUUAAGUAGAUUCAGUGAUUUUUCCAGAAGUUUAUCUUUCAAGGCUACAAGGCUCACUGUGCCUUUGAAUUAGGCACAUUUUCAUAGACGUGAUUGAAUAGAGAAUGUAUUUUGUUCAUCCAAAGCUGUGUGUAGCUGCUAUGGAAAGACAGAAAAAAAGACUAUUCUGGUUUAAAAAGCCACAAAAAUGUCUCUGUGCGUGCAUGUGUGCUGCGUACUCGUGUAUACAGAGUUGUGUAUAAAGAGGAGUACAUGUAUAAUGUAUGUAUAGGUGAAUGCGUGUGGGGGAAUGGGUGUAUAUACAGAUUUUAAAACCUUGAAAAUGUUUAUGAAAAAUGCCAAAGAUUCUAAAGCUUAUGAUCUUGUGUCUGUUCUUCUUCAUUUUGUAUCUUCCCCGGCAUGUCUCUCUGGCUGAGCCAGAUCUCUGCAUGAUUUGAUUUACUUCAAGUUAAUGAAGCUGGUUGGAAAGAGCCUUGUAGAAAUUAUAAAAUCUCCAGUAAAUCUCCUUCUUGUACAUACAAUAGAUGUUCACGGACCCCUUUUGUUAAACCAGUUUCUCAAUCUUCUGUGUAAACAAUGCCUCAUUGUCUCGCUUUGAACUAUCAUGUAGCUUAUCAUACUGUAGUCUUGUCAUUUUAUAAGGACCAAAGUCAAACAUGUUUAAACAGACAUGUGAGAUCUGAUUGUUGAUUUGAGUGAAAACAUUCAACUGCAGGAAAAGUUGUUUAUUUAUUCAGAAGCUGGGACUGAUAAUUUAGUAGAUUUUUUUUUUUUCCUAUACAUUUUUCCACUUGGAACUGAUUUACUGAUUUCUGUUCAGGAGACAGGGAGGUGUCUUUUUUGUGUGUGUGUGUAUGUGUUUCAGAAUAAUUUGUAUUAGAUUGUUAUGCUGGAGACAUACCAAAUGAAGGGGUUUGGAUGAUCCAAUACCUAUAUAUGUUGUAAUGAGCUCUUUGUUUUGAUAAAUGCUGUUUGAAAUGCAAUAAACAUUUGAUUUUAUGAUGAUACUUUUAAUUUACCUGAAUUAGAAGAUAUAUUUCCCAUUCUUUGCAAAAUGCUUACUGUACUAUAAUAUUUAGUGUCUGACUAGGUAAGUAAAUACAUGGCUUGACAGUGCAGUGUAACAACUAAUGCCAGAGGUUACUUGGAUUGUUAAAAUAUUUAAUGUAUAGCAUGGAAAUGAUAAACUUACACUUUUAAUUUAAGGUAGUCAUUUCAGUACAACAGUGUGUACAUUUGCAGUCUAAAAUCUCUAAGAACAGAAAGCAUUCAGAAAUUUGAAUCCAACUGUGGGUCUUUUGGAUGACUGUGGAUAACAAAAUCAUGAAGAUACUGGAAUAUGACUAAAAAUGUCCACUAACUGUACAGUGUGUAAAUAACUGGACUUGACAUAUAUGUGCAAAUGUAAUAUGUACUCAUGUUUGCCCAAACAUAAGCUGCUGCUGAAGGCUGGUUUCUUGAACAAUCAUGAAGAGUCAGCUCCCCUAUGGAUCACUGUCAGUAAAACUCAGUCACUGAAAUGCACCUUGUGGAAAGCAAGCAAACAACUGAAUAAAGCAAAGUU